AAAGAGAGAAAGAAAGAGGGCCGAGAAGCGGAGGGGAAGAAAGAGACGCCGGACGGACUUCUUUUUUUAUAUAGAUAAAUAAUAAGAAUAAAUUAUUAUUCUUCAUCUUACCCGCCCCCCGUCAGAUUUUGUUGUUGUUGUUGUUGUUGUUGUUGUUGACCCGCAUGGGAUUAUAGCGGAGGCUGAGGAGGAGGCGGCGGCGGCGGCGGCCCCAUGUUUUCUCCCAGCCAGGAGGAGCACUGCGCGCCCAACAAGGAGCCCGUCAAAUAUGGGGAGCUCGUGGUGCUCGGGUACAAUGGCUCCCUCCCUAAUGGUGAUAGGGGGCGUAGGAAAAGCAGGUUUGCUCUCUAUAAGAGACCCAAAGCAAACGGUGUCAAACCCAGCACAGUUCAUGUGAUUUCAACACCUCAAGCAUCUAAGGCCAUCAGUUGUAAAGGGCAGCACAGUAUAUCCUACACGUUGUCAAGAAGCCAGACGGUGGUAGUGGAAUAUACACACGACAAAGAUACAGAUAUGUUUCAGGUUGGCAGAUCGACAGAGAGCCCCAUAGAUUUUGUUGUAACAGAUACAAUUUCUGGCAGUCAAAAUGGUGAUGAAACUCAGAUCACCCAAAGCACCAUCUCCAGGUUUGCGUGCCGCAUUGUCUGUGAUAGGAACACACCAUACACAGCCAGAAUCUUUGCAGCAGGAUUUGACUCUUCUAAAAACAUAUUCCUUGGGGAAAAAGCAGCAAAGUGGAAGAAUCCCGAUGGACACAUGGAUGGAUUAACAACCAAUGGCGUUCUAGUCAUGCAUCCAAAAGGAGGGUUCACUGAAGAAUCGAAACCGGGAGUCUGGCGGGAAAUUUCAGUUUGUGGUGAUGUGUAUACUCUGCGUGAAACAAGAUCUGCUCAGCAAAGAGGCAAACUGGUAGAAAAUGAAACCAACGUCCUGCAAGAUGGUUCUCUCAUUGAUCUGUGCGGAGCCACACUCCUGUGGAGAACAGCAGAUGGCUUAUUUCAUACACCGACUCAGAAACACAUAGAGGCUCUACGGCAAGAGAUCAAUGCAGCAAGACCCCAGUGCCCUGUGGGGCUGAACACGCUGGCGUUUCCCAGCAUCAACCGCAAGGAAGUGGUGGAAGAGAAACAGCCCUGGGCUUACCUCAGCUGUGGCCACGUCCAUGGCUAUCACAACUGGGGGCAUCGUAGCGACACAGAAGCCAACGAGCGUGAGUGUCCGAUGUGCAGAACCGUUGGUCCCUAUGUGCCUCUCUGGCUCGGGUGCGAGGCAGGCUUUUAUGUUGAUGCUGGUCCGCCAACAUAUGCUUUCACCCCUUGUGGGCAUGUGUGCUCGGAGAAGUCUGCCAAAUACUGGUCCCAGAUCCCACUGCCACAUGGUACUCAUGCGUUCCAUGCUGCCUGCCCUUUCUGCGCUACCCAGCUGUCCGGAGAUCAGAACUGUGUCAAACUUAUUUUUCAGGGUCCAAUUGACUGAUGACACCAUUUUACAGAUGACCACGAUAAAGCUCACAUGGUUAACAAUUUACUGUGAAGAUAAAGAAUUUGCCACUAACUCUAGAUUUUACCUUUUUAUAGGAUUGUUAUUAAUGAGGGCUUUUCGGGGGGGGGAAUAAAUCAGCUGGGAGUAAUUUGGAGUGUGGUGAUACACUGAUACCUGGAACCAAACAGAUACCAGUGGCAUUGCAUGCUCAACAGAAGCAUGUUCAUGAUGACAUCUUCUUGGUAAAAUUGUAGUAUAUUUGUAAUAUUUUUUUUCUUAGUACCCUUGAUCAGAAGAAGAAAAAAAGAUACCAAUGUCUUAAUGAUUUUUUAAUCUUGGAUUUUUUAACAGAAAUGCUUUUCUUCUAAACUUUGACAAGCCUUUAAGACACAUAUUUUUUCAAGCUAAAAGGAGCAUACAGAAUGUAAUUUGUCUGUCCUUUUCUCUCUCUCUCUCUUUUUAAUUUGCAAUAUAAUUAACUUGAAUAGUUCAUUCUCAAAGAGGAUGUACUGAAUGUGUGAGCAAACCUGGGUGAAUGUUCACUAGAUACAUGCAUUAAACAAGCCGUGAACACGAAAGGUUGGCUUCAUAAACAAUAGCACAAAAAUAUUAUGGAAUUCUGCAGUGUGGUGUAAUGCAGCUGUCCAAAAAGAAAGGAAAAAAUAAAAUUACUUGAAAUUUGGAGAUCGCUGUCACUUCACAUAUUAAUGUCUUUUUGACACAGAAGUUACCCUUGCAUGUUCCCUGUAUUAACAUUACACAUGAAACUAAUGUGGGAAGAUUUAAGAUACGGGUUAUCUGGUCCAACAGAUGUGUUAGGUCACGUUUUUUUGAUGUGCAAAAAGAUUAGUUUGCUUCUGACUUUCCUGAUGCAGCACAACUCUCUGACAGCCACUGUACUGUACUACCAUUCUGCCCUGUGUUUUAUAGACUUCGCACCAACAUUAAGCUAAUUUGUGACCAACCUUGGGCCCCUUCAUACGUUGUCAUAGUGUUGCAAGAGCCACUUUCUAUGGCUUCAUCCUUACUAUGUGUUUGAAUGACUUUGUUAUAUGGCUGUGCUGUGUUGUACAUGCCCUUCCCACCAAGGCUGGUCUUGCCUACGUGGCUCCAUCAUUUUCUGGUGUUGAUGCAGCACCAUGGGUUGAAGCCAAUGAAAACUGGCUUCUUCACCAGUGUGGGAACAUGGGGAUUUGCAAUAACAUGAAAACAGCUUUCAUGAAAACCCAGGGGUGGUAAGGCACAAUAUAUUAUCAGCCCUUUUCAGCUUUGCAUCUGAUGCAAUUUGUGUUACUUUUUACAUGUAUGCAGUUACAUUCGCCAUGUUUCAGUUUUCUGUCCGUUUCUAAUUCUGCCUUUUUGGUGUUAUUGCCACUCAAUAUAGUUUCCCCUUGCAUGUCUUGGACCUGUGAGCAAACUGACUUGUUAUAAAUCCAGUUAUUUAAGUGGCUGCUUUGCUAUACCAGCAGAAGGUUUUGGUCUGCUCUCUUGCAAAACAUAACACACGCUGGCCAUGACGCGAUGGCUUGUUUGGGACACUCUUUGAGUCUUAAACAUGCGAGUCACCAAGAAUCCUCCCACAGAUGGUUAAAUAUUUGGUAGCUAUUUUGAAAUCAGUAAUUAAAAAUAAGCUGUUUUGCUGAGCUUCCUUCUAUGAUGCUGUCCAAUGUGCAAACAUCCUUCGAUAGAUUUAACACAGUUUAUUAACUUUUCAGUUUGCCAUCUGUCCUCCCCUCCCCUUUCUCUAUUUUCAGAUUCAGAGAAACACCAAAUGUUACUAUUAAAUACCCAGAAUUAAUUCAUUCCCUAUGUGGUUUGAAAUUCCUGUUUGAAGUGGGUGGGUGGAGUUGUGGGAAAGGAGGCAACUCAGUGCUCAUUGUGAACUGACUGGGAUUUCACGUACCCUUACCAUAUUCGCAUUUCAUCUGCUUGGGGUAUUUUUAUGCUUCUCCAUCCCAAAUUAAUUGCACAUCUGAAGUGAUUCUGGCAGUUUGGAUCUCCAUUUUGUUAAAUUCACAGCAACCCCUUGCUAUGUGUGUGCCCUUUGUAUAAAUAUAUAAUUUAUAUGAUUUUAAUAUAUUGUGUUAUAUACUUGAACUGGCCUGUUCAUAUUUUGGAUGUAAUAUUGUUUUAUAGUUAACCUUUUAAACAUUUUCAGAUGUUCAUUGCCCACUGGGUGAUGGGGCGUGUUGUUUUUAUCUGCUGCUGUUUAAUACAAUUUUGCUGUAUAAAAAAAGUUCAGCAUUUUAA